AAAAGUUUAUGACCUCCAGUUCUCCCAGAGGAAUGAUCAGGGUCUCUGCUCUGGCUCUACUAACGUGGCUGUGCUUGUCACUGGGCAGUAGUAAAUAAAAAGCUGAUCUUGUAGAGUGGUGUUAACUCCACAGAAAACUUAGAUGUCUUCAGAAGAUAAAGAAGCUCAGGAGGAUGAGCUGCUAGCUUUGGCUAGCAUUUAUGAUGAAGAUGAAUUUAAGAGAGCAGAGUCUGCCCAAGGAGGAGAAACAAGAAUUUGUUUGGAGUUGCCCCAAAACUUCAAAAUUUUUGUGAGUGGCAAUUCCACAGAAAGCGUCCAGAACAAUGGGUUUGAAUACACAGUUUGCUUUUUGCCUCCACUUGUGCUGAAUUUUGAACUCCCACCAGAUUACCCAUCAACCUCCCCACCUGUGUUUACCCUCAGUGGCAAAUGGCUCUCCCAAGCCCAGCUCAGUGCUCUUUGCAAGCAUUUAGACAACGUCUGGGAAGAGAAUCGAGGCUGUGUGGUCUUGUUUGCCUGGAUGCAGUUUUUGAAGGAGGAAACACUGAGUUACCUGAAUAUUUCCUCCCCGUAUGAGCUAAAGAUGUGCCAUCAAGGAAAUGGGCAAAGUAGGACACCUUUGGUUCCUGUAGAUGCUGAGAAGGAUUGUGGUGGUGCAGCAGGCUCUGUGGCAGCUGAGGGAGAUAACAUUGAUGAAAGAGCUGUACAGGACGUGGAAUCUUUGUCAAGUCUGAUUAGGGAAAUCUUGGACUUUGAUCAGGCUCAGAAGAGGAAAUGCUUUAACAGUAAGAUGUACUUGUGCAAUAUCUGCUUCUGUGAGAAGCUGGGCAGUGACUGUAUGUACUUCACUGAGUGCAGCCACGUGUACUGCAAGGCCUGCUUGAAGGACUACUUUGAAAUACAGAUCAGGGAUGGUCAGGUCCACUGUCUCAACUGUCCAGAACCAAAGUGUUCUUCUGUGGCUACUCCUGGCCAGGUUAAAGAGUUGGUUGGAGAGCAGUUGUUUGCACGUUAUGACCGCCUGCUUCUGCAGUCUAGCCUGGACUUGAUGGCAGAUGUCGUGUAUUGCCCUCGUCCAGGCUGUCAGACACCAGUCAUGCAAGAACCAGGCUGUACCAUGGGCAUAUGUUCCUGUUGCAACUACGCUUUUUGUACUGUCUGUAAAAUGACUUACCAUGGAGUGUCUCCGUGUAAAGUCACUGCAGAGAAAUUGAUUGAUUUACGUAACGAAUAUCUAGAAGCAGAUGAAGCAACUAAAAGAUUUUUGGAACAGCGUUAUGGCAAAAGAGUGAUUCAGAAAGCCCUUGAGGAAAUGGAAAGUAAAGAAUGGCUAGAAAAGAACUCAAAGUCUUGUCCUUGCUGUGGUACUCAUAUAGAGAAACUAGAUGGUUGUAACAAAAUGACGUGUACUGGCUGCAUGCAGUAUUUCUGCUGGAUUUGUAUGGGUUCUUUGUCAAGGGUGAACCCGUAUAGGCACUUCAAUGAUCCAUCUUCCCCAUGCUUUAAUCGAUUGUUUCAAGCUAUGCACAUCGAUGGUGAGUUCUGGGAUGCUGAAGAUGAAGACUAGUAACUCUUCUCUAGCAACAAAAGCUGAAGAAACCAGACACAGAUGCUGUCCAUUUUUUUGUCAAGUUUUUUUUGCUUUUCAGUUCCGUUAAUAUGAUAAACGAAUGAUACUACUUUGCACUGCAGGAUACUCUCACAGCUCUUCAGAGGCUGCUGUCAGGACCAAAGGAGAUCAUUUUGCCCAUCCAGUGGUGACUUAAGGCCCUAAUAAGCAUGUCUAAUGAUAAAGAGAAAUACGACCAGCCAGAAGUUUAAAAAUUACUGAAAAAAGUGUACCAAGAGGUGCCCCUUUUUUGAAAAAAAAGUUAACUUGCCAAAUCAUAGAAAUAUUUUAGGGUUUCCUCCAGGGAGAGUGGCCUUUCAGGGAUCUUGACUUUUACCCAUGUGCUUUUUGGGGCAGUUGUAUUAUAGCUGUAAUGUUCUUUCUGGAGCUUUAUAGUGAUGCUGCUUGGACAAGGAAAGCUUACCGAAACAACACAGAAGGUUCUUCUGUAUUCAGCAUUUGAGCCUGUUGCUUCUAUAGCAUUUCCUCACCUGUUCCUUUGAAAAACAGCUCAUUGCUCUGGCACUGAUACUUUCAACAAUGAUGGUAAAGUUGGUUAUCCCUAACCCCCUUUUUGCUGGCUCUAGUGCCUGGGUCAUUUACUGAAUGGUGUUGCAGAAUAUGACCAACAGCUGUUUCCUGACAUCUGACUCAGUUUGGUGACUGAUCUCAAUGUUGCUGUCAUACUAACUAUAUUGCCUCUCUUAAUUUUGACAGUGAGGAGUGCUAAAGCGAUGAAUAGAGUCUGUGGCCAGUGAGAGAAUAAAAAGAAUGAAUCUCAAAUCGUGAAACACAUUUUUAUGGAUAUGCAGUCAAGAUUAACUUGAUUUCUUCAAGAUACUGAAAAUCACCUUUUCUUGCUUCUCGGAUGGUGAAGUAACCGAUUUCUUACCAAGUCUUCAUCUAUGGAAUUUGAUUAGUAGAUAGUUCUGCUUCUGGACUAGAUUCAUUAUUUUCACUGUUCUUGCCCUUCAGAAUGUGUCAAAAAACCACAAAUCCUUUCCCCUAGGAGCUCAAUAAGUAGUUUUGUGAGCAUGAAAUUAAUUAUUGGAGGGAACCACUUUUUUUUUUUUUUUUUUAAAGAAAUUUUUCCACCUGCAGAAUGGUCUAAAAACUUGUUUAAAAAUUAAAACUGCAUGUACUGUGUUGAGAACAAGAAAAAGCAGGGUCUGGAUAACUCAGGAGCUUGAAAACUCUUCAGACACUCAAGGUGAACACUUCUCGCCCACUUUUGAUUGAUAGUAAAUAAAUUUCUACUCGGA